AUGAUCGUCGGCGCCAACAACCUCCUCCUCCUCGCCGCGAGGACAGCCUCGCCGUGGAUGGCUGCGCCGCCGGCCACACCGUUUGCGCCCAACCCGCCGCGGGACGGCGGAACCAUCUCCGAGCCGGCGGCCAACUGGGCCAUCUCGCGCCUGCUGCGCGCCGGCGUUGAGAUGGACACGCCCGCGCUCAGGGCGUCGGUUCCCACCACAUUUCUGCGCCCAUCGCCGUCGGAGGAGCGGCCGAUCGCGCUCUUCUUGCACGGCGCAGACUUCUCCUGUCUCGAGUGGCGGUUCUUGCUGCAGCAGCUGUGCGAGGAGGGCGUCGACUGCGUGGCGGUCGACUGGUACUCGGGCGGGUGGACGGAGCGCGGCCAGAUCACGGCCGCGCUGCGCGCGAGCGACGCGCAGCCGUGGACGCUCGUGCGGCAGCACCUGCUCGCCUUUUGGGAGCAGCAGCUGCGAGGCCGGCCGGUGGUCCUCAUCGGCGCCUCGCUCGGCGGCGCGGUGGCGAUCGACUUUGCGUCGACGCACCCCGAGGCGGUGGAGAAGCUGGUGCUCAUCGACGCGGGCGGCGAGUCGUACAAGGCUCCGCCGCCCGACACGGUCGCCGCCUUUGCCAAGCCCGUGCUCGCCGUCAAGGGCCUCUUCCAGGCCGUGCAGGCGAGGCUGCCCGACGACGCGAGCCGCAUCGUGUCGCUGCACCGCGCCGAGCCGGGCUGCUACGAGGCGAGCCUCGCCUACCUCGAGAGCGGCUCGAUGGCGAGGCGAGUCGGCCGCGAGCGCAUCCAGCAGGUGGCGCAGCCGACGCUGGUCGUGUGGGGGACCGAGGACGACAUCCUCCCGCUCUCCGACGCCUACGCCUUCGAGAGGGACCUGCAGCACUGCGUGGGCGUGCGCGAGGUGCCCGGGAGCGGCCACUCGCCCCAUCUCGACCAGCCCGAAGCCGUGCUCGCGCACUUGCGCCCCUUUGUCGCGCAGCGGUGA